AUGUCCCACAGAAAUUACGACGUCAGUAUCUGGGGCGUUACUGGCUACACUGGCCGCUUCGGGGCCGAGUGCUGCUUCAAGCAAAAUGCGCUCAGGAUCGAAAAAGGCCAGACGCCUCUCCGGUUUGCGUUCGCGGGCAGGAAUGAGCCGGAGAUGCAGAGGAUCGUCGAAGGCCUCUGCGCGCAAUAUCCCACAGCGCCAAGACCGGAUGUAGUGACGGCUACGCUAGAAGAGAAUGAUAUGCGCUUAGAAAAAUUAUGUACAAACACGCGUGUGCUAGUCUCAUAUUCUGGCCCCUACAGCUUAUUUGGUGAACGGAUUGUGCAGGCAUGUAUUUCGUCAAGCACCCACUACAUUGAUAUCACUGCGGAAUUAACUUGGGUCCAGAGCAUCGCAGUCAAGUACGGAACAGAGAUAAAGGAGAAGAAUCUCAAGUUCGUCUCAUGUUGCGGCUUUGAUUUUCUGCCCAAUGACUUAAUGAUGGCGCAACUGUCGGAAGUUUGUGCGUCCAACAAGAUUGUGGAGGCCUGGGGAGGGCUUGACGCGCUUGAUACGGUCACGCAUACCUUCAGUCAGAGUACUCCGAUGGUUAGCGGGGGAACGGCUAGAUCCGCAAUGGAGAUGAUCAGAACAUUGGGUUUUAAAAACACUCUGCGUUGGUACUUGGAUCCCUUUGCCAUCUGCAACUCUCUGCCAAACGGCAGCGCAACCGACAAGAGCAUCUUGAUCCUGCCACGACACGUUGGGGGAAACGAGUAUUGCGCAAAGUACGUCAUGUCCAACUUAAUGUGCAAAUAUGUGCACUGGUCCAAUGAACUCCAGGGAUACAGAUACGGCCGAUCGCUCAAAUACUAUGGAGGUGAAAGCCGCAGAAACUACUUCUGGGCUUUGUGCUGCGGUGCACUCAUGUGGUUCGGCUUCUUCUCCGUUUGGAUCGGCUUCCUCCUCCCCCCCCAAAUCCGAUCCUUGUUACUGCCCACCGUCGGGUCCGGGCCUGGAACGGAUGAACGGAGCUUUAUGUUCUGUCAUCUGAAAGCGGAUUUUAUUCAGCUGACUUCCUCAGAAACUGACUCCCCGGAGAAGAGUCCUCAAUUCGAAGAGGCGCGGGUCGAAGACGAGGCGCGGGUCGAAGACGAGUCGCGGGUCGAAGGGGCGCUCGGUAUGGCCGUAGUGCCUCAGACGACCGGCACUACAACGGAAGCCACAGUUGACGCGGCUACGAUGGACGCGGAGGCGGACGAGGACGAUUCCAAAGGAGAAACGUCUGUGUCUGAAGAUACUAGGAAUCAUUGCGCACUCAAAGAAGUACGCAAGAGCGGAGAGGUGGUGGGUUCCGUCCAUCUCAAAUGGCGAUGGCUUGGUGUAGAGAAUUACGUCUUUGCGGGAUAUGCUUCAGCGUGUGCUGGAAUUUUACUUGCUUCCAAACCCGAAACGUUACCGGAGACCUACGGUUACCUGCCACCGUCUGUGGCCUUUGGGUCUCCUCUAUUAAAGGCUCUUGUGGACGCUGGGAUGCAGGCUACGGAUGCUGAGGUGAGGGAAGACCUGAUGGAAUGA